GGUUCCAUUUCUCCGCCAAUAGCUGUGCGCCGUCUGCUUAGUCCCCGCCUUCCAUUUAAAGGAGCCCCGGCAGCGUUAGUAAGUUACUGUGUGCGCUCACUGAGUGACCGGAGCCGCCGUUAUGUCCCAGCCCGGAGUGGAGCGGCUCCUGAAGGGGCUGCAGUUACUGCUGCUGGUAGUGCUGGGGCUCAGCGCAGGAUACUUCCCGGAAGAGCGAUGGAACCCGGAGUCUCCGCUCCGUCGCCCUACGGUCCUGAUCGCCCUGUUGGCCAGGAACUCCGAAGGUUCCCUUCCUGAGGUGCUGGGAGCGCUGGAACGGCUGCACUACCCGAAGGAGCGUAUCUCGCUAUGGGUUGCUACAGAUCAUAAUAUUGACAAUACGACCCAGAUGUUGCGCGAGUGGCUGAUCAAUGUGCAGAAUCAGUACCACCACGUGGAGUGGAGACCGCAGGAGCACCCAAGGUGGUUCAGGGACGAGGAAGGCCCCAAGCAUUGGUCCCACGGCCGGUACGAGUAUAUCAUGAAGCUACGGCAGGCAGCGCUAACCUCCGCGCGGGAGAUGUGGGCCGAUUACAUAUUUUUUUUGGAUGCCGAUAACCUACUGACCAACCCUGAGACUUUAAAUCGACUGAUUGCCGAGAACAAGACCAUAGUGGCUCCCAUGAUGGAGUCCAGGGCAGCGUAUUCCAAUUUCUGGUGUGGCAUGACAACCCAGGGCUAUUACCGGCGCACUCCCGCAUACAUGCCGAUCCGCCGCAGAGAACGCAAAGGUUGCUUUCCCGUCCCCAUGGUUCACUCUACCUUUCUGAUAGACCUUCGUAAGGAGGCUUCUCAGCAGCUGGACUUCUACCCGCCUCACGCAGACUACACGUGGGCAUACGAUGACAUCAUCGUGUUUGCGUUUUCCUGCAGGCAGGCAGACGUACAGAUGUUCAUUUGCAAUAAAGAGAUCUAUGGCUAUUUGCCCGUCCCUCUCCGCUCUCACAGCACUCUCUUGGAUGAGACUGACAACUUUCUUCACACCAAGAUGGAAGCCAUGGUGAAGGGCCCUCUGGUUCCUCAGUCAAUUUUAGUGUCCGUACCGGAGAAAAUCCCAGACAAGAUGUCUUUGGAUGAGAUCUUCCUCAUUAACCUGAAGCAUCGGCAAGACAGGAGGGAGCGUAUGAAGAGGACGCUGUAUGAGCUCCAGAUAGACUAUAAGCUGGUCGAUGCCGUGUAUGGAAAGACCCUAAAUCAAACCCAGGUCGACAAAAUGGGUAUAAAGAUGCUCCCUGGCUACAAGGAUCCAUACCAUGGUCGCCCCCUGACCCGCGGAGAGAUGGGAUGUUUUCUCAGUCACUACAACAUCUGGAAGGAGAUCUCUGAGCGCUCCUUGGAAGCUUCGGCAGUGUUCGAGGAUGACCUGAGGUUUGAGAUCUUCUUUAAGCGGCGGCUGCAGACGCUCCUGCAUGAUCUAGAAGUAGCCAAGCUGGACUGGGACCUCAUUUACCUGGGCAGGAAGAGGAUGCAGGUCGAAGAACCAGAAGAGCCUGUGCCAGGCGUCCGUAAUUUGGUCGUGUCCGACUAUUCCUACUGGACCCUGGGGUAUCUGAUCUCCCUGCGCGGGGCUAGAAAGCUGCUAGAUGCUGAACCUCUUGUGAAGAUGCUGCCUGUAGACGAGUUCCUACCAGUCAUGUAUGACAAGCACCCCAACUCCAACUACUCCGCCCAUUUCUCCCCGCGAGACCUUCUGGCCUUCUCAGUGGAGCCUCUCCUCCUGUAUCCCACGCACUACACUGGGGACGAGGGCUACAUUAGCGACACGGAGACCUCGGUGCUGUGGGACAAUGUGACUCAGCCCACCGACUGGGACAGAGACAAGUCUCGCAAGACACAGCAACAGGAGAAACUGCGCAGCGAGGCUCUAAACACCCCUUCCCUGGGCUCCCCGUUUGACAACGCCGCCCGCGAUGAGUUAUGACAGCGAAGAAGUGAACUUCCAUAACAAGCAAGGGGCAGCCCGGCCAGCUAUGGGGCUCACUUAUAGGAGAGCCAGAGAAUCAUGGACAGGGAAGGCACGGAAUCCGAUUAACCUUUUGAUAUCAGAAGGGACUUCUUUGCCACCAACCUUCUAGAAAUCCAACACACAACUGUCACACACACACAACUGUCACACACUAACCUAGUACAAGAUCUCAGCUGGCGAUUGAGCUGCCUGACCACAGACCGGGUGCUUGAUUAAUUAUUAUAAUUAUUAAUAUAUUUGGAUGAACAAAGGGGACAUCUCCCAGAUGGCAGCUUAGCCUUCUGUAGACAGAAGACACCAAAUGAAACUCCCUAAAACUAACCGCUCUUUUAUGAGGAGACCUCAGUUCCAGCUUCCCUACUAACCUUUUGCUUGAAUCUCUUGUCUUGACAUGAAUAUCUUUUUAUCUGAAUUAAGUUAGCUAUUUGUAUGCUAAUACCUCCCCCCCCCCCCCCCCGCCCCCCACCAGGGUCAGACUGGGGAACCAGGAAAAAAACCCAGUGGGCCCCGCAGGCCCUGACCCAAUCCCCGCCAGGUGCUCCCCUGAGCCGGGGGGUGUGAAGGCCAUAACGGGCUCAUUGGGGGGUGCAGGGGCCCAUAAGGCCCUACACCCCCCAGUCCGACCCUGCCCCCCCCCCUUUUUUUUUGUCUUGAAGAAUUAUUAAUAAGCCAGUCACUAAUAAUUGCCUAUACAAGAACCUCCAUACGGCUGUCCAGCAGGUGGCAGAAGGCAGCUCCCAGAAUCCUCUAGGGGUCACUGCUGUCUAGUAGAAGGCCUUCAGGCUGAAUUUGGAUUUUAAUGCACACCCUGGCCUAUAGCUUUAUUUAAUGAUGGUAUUACUUCAAAACUCCUAUACAUUCAAAGGCAUAUUUAUUAUAAUGUGUAAGCCAACACCACCGGUCAUGUUGCCCUUAGAAAACAAAAGCAAAGAUCUGAUUGGUUGCUAACGUGUAGGCAACCGUUCAAAUCUAAUUGCUGAUUGGUUGCUAUGGGCAACGUCACCAGUGUCUCUUAUGUAUAUACUGGAUCUACAUGUGGAAUAGGUUGAACAGCAAUGUGCUAGGAGACCCAUAAACAUUAUAGAAUAAAUCAGAAAUAUCCACCAUGUUAGCCUUAUUAACCUCUAGGUCUGAACACAAAGUAGGGUGUUAGGGUCUCAGAGCUGUUUUGCUCUUAUGGUGGGAAAUAGUGACACAAUACUAAAUACUAAGCUGAGUUGAGAAUCGUAAAGGUCUCCAUCACCCUCCGUGCCCAUGUGUUUGCCCCAUUGUGUGUUAGUACUAAGGCCUAAGGGCUGUUACACACCAGCUAAGUGGCCUUUGGUUCAUUCAGAGAUAAUCAUAGUGAUCUUCCUAUUAAUAAGAAUGGGAUGUACCUCUGUGGUUUUCCCUGACAGGGUUACAAUGGCAUGUGAUAGGCCUUUGUGCUCAUUAUGGGGUAUUUUUUAUCAUGCUGAGUAAAUAGUAUAGUAAAACAUAAGUGGUGAUGUUGCUCAGCAGCCAAUCAGAUGUUUUGCUUUGGUUUUCCAACUGUUUAAAUCUAAUUGCUGAUUGGUUGCCCUGGGAAACAUCACCGGUAAUGCUUCACUCCACUUUUUACGCAGCAUGAUAAAUAUACCCCCAUGUGUAAAUGUGUAUAGAGCAGCCAUAUUCAGUGUUUCUGCAAUCCAUAACAUUACAACAAUAGGAAACAGCUUCUAAUCUAGGGCUUUAAGGGGAUAUUAUAUACCUUUUUAUAGACGUCUGUCCAACAUGAGCAAAAUACACAAUGAUGGAUCGUUGUUUUGCAUUAACCAUUACUACAUCCAAUUCCCUCCCAUGUGAUCAGGAGAGGUUGGUGACAGAGCACUUGGCUCUGGUGUAGAUUAUACAAUUUACAGCCCUUAAAAGUUUAAAUAGGCUACAGGAGGGGUUUGUUUAAACAGAGCUCAUUAUCUCUGUGUCUUACAUAUAAGGUUCUUUAUACAGGGGGGUUUUACAAAUGGAGUGGUAACUAAAUACGACCCUCCACACACACACAAUUGCUUUCAAGAACCAGAAAGUUUGAAACUGAAAGUACAUUUUUGGUUUCCAUGUAGCAGAACUCGUGUUGAACAGGGGGUUAUACUGCCCAGUUAAAGUUACUUAAUAGAAGCUACUGAAAACUCUGCCUGCUUUUAUACAUAGGUACCCUGGCAAACUUGUUUACAGUUAGAGAGUUUUGCAAUAAGGGGGGGUAAGCCCAAUUAUAGUUCUGAUCGGUGGUUAAAAUGGUACAACCGCUUGCUGCUAAAGGCUUCAGUACAUAGAGAUGGGGUUGAGGGUGCGGAGGAAACCCUUGAUGUUGGUUGGAUACUCAAGUUUUCUAAUAUUUGCAGUUAAUGGAACCAUGUGAUGUUCUAUGCAGAUGAGAUUAUACAGCGUCCCUAUUGGUUUCUUGGAAGGAGGGGGGUGGGGCUCCUCAUGUGCUUUAAAUCUUUCUGAUAAUCGGGGAGGGCGGGGGGUUGCAGACCUGGGCCCAGCUGUUGUUUACAGAGUUCUAUAUAUUUUUGUGCUUUUUUUUCAAUAAAUGAUUUUUACAAUA